AUGCAUGUAGUGUGUGUUUGCUGCAGCUGGAAGAAUAGUGACAAAGAAACUACCUCACUGGAACUGCCCUCAUUGCCAGCUCCUGAUGGGUUUCAAAAUCCAGUCCAGUCUCCAGGAUUGAAUUCCAAGAUCUGUAAUCCCACCAAUCAGUUACUUGAUCGUUCUGUCUCUGCCCCUGCUUCGAUCUGCUCAUCCCAGUCUAGCCUCGCCGAGCCCAUUGAUCCCAGAGCCAGAGAGUCUUCUGCCUCUGCAGCUCGAUGCCAGACAACCCCAGAAGAGCAACAUCCUCCUCUCUUAUUACAGCAUCUUGCCACUAAUGCUUCCUUGGCAGAUAAUGAUCCUUCUCCCCAGGCAGGGGAGGUGACCUGUGGCAGUCCAGCUUGCCCUUCAGAGAAGCCACUCGCAGCAGCAGGUAUUGCUGACAGUCAAUGGGAACACGGUGCUGAAGAACAAGGCCCUGGUCAGGAGCAUCCUUUGGAAGUGACAAAAGAAAAUAGCUUGGCUGAUGCUGCUGUGAAGCACAGGCACAAUGAAGAUGGAUGUCUGUCUUUGGAGCAAAAGGAGCUUCCCAAAGAACCAGAGAAGAAGGAACAUCUGGAGGGGCAAACUGAGACAACCCACCCGGAGCCCCGCUGCCCUGUGGAGAAGCCUGGCGUGGGAGAAGCCAGGCAGGCAGAGAAUCCUCCUGUGGAAACCAGAGGAGAUGGGCAGGAGGAAGCAGGUCUGUCUGGUGCCAAAGGGAGUGUGCAGGUGUCAGCCUCCUGUAGCUGUGUGCAGGCAGAAGCCUUCAUGGAAAUAGAUGUGGCUGAGCAGUCUGUGGCUGAGGAGCACAUCCCAGGCAGCGAGCAGGCGGAGAGCAGGAGCGGAGCGGAGCUGGGCUCGGAUCCCGUUUCCAUGGAGGUGGAACCGCUGAAGUCUGCGUCCUCCUCCAGUGGAACUCCUGCAAAGUCCAAGGAGUUGUCUGCUUUGGCAGCUGCAGACAGCUCCUGCCCCUCCAGCAUCCAUCAGCUGGACCCAGACCCAGGCAGACCUGCAGAAGAGUCCUGUUCCUCUCUAGCAUCAGCCCUGAAAGAGCUUCACAAGCUCUUGGUUGUCAGUCGGAAAGGAGAAUGCAAAAUCCUCGCCUCUGAGGAAGUCUCUCGGCUGGAAGUGGUUCACAGCCAGCCAGCAGCCCAGCAGAAGGGAUUUUCUGAGGGUGAGCAGAAAGGCUCAGAUCCAGCCAGCCAGGAGCAGAGUUGUUCCCUCUGUGAGGCGAGGUCUGAAGGUGGAAGAGCAGAGGGGAAGCAGCUUUGUGACGCUGGCACGGGAAACAGCGAGUCUGUGAGCCGCAUGCAGCCUGCUCCUGGAGCAGGUGCUGCAGAGGUUUUGAGGUGUUCAGGUAAGGGUGAUUCGGUCCUGGUGAAUUCUGCAGCAACAUCUGGGCAGCAGCAGAGCUCUGAGCAGUCAGAGAUUUCAGCAGAAGGUUCUCAGAGUCCAACCAAUCCGACGUGGGAGCGGAAGGCCUCUGUUUGCCCUACACCUGCCCCGGCUGAAGGUGCAGCCGCAGCCGCUCAGAGCCCCUUCGCAGCAGCACCCGGGAGCAGCAGCAGUCCUGCUUCUGAAGGCCCACAGCCGUUGGCUGGGUGUGAGGAACCACUGCUGAGCCCAGGGGGUGGCUCUGCUGGACCUGGCUCGGGUGCUGCCCCACCUGCUGCUUUCCCUGCGGCCGCUGUCGGCCGGCUCCUGGGCGCCGGUUUCAGCACGCGAGAAGCUCUGGAGGCUCUGGAGCGAGCGGAUGGAAACGCAGACCUGGCUCUUCUCAUUCUGCUAGCCAAGGGCAUCGUUGUUCCUAGCCAGCUGGGCAGGAGGUAGCUGCCUGGGGUGUCCUUUGAAGGACCUGUCUGCAUCCUCCACCAAGCAGAAUGUCAGGACAGAUUUCCUUUUGGUUUCCCAUGAGUUGCAGCCAAAGUAACUUUGUCUCUUCUGUUUCGCUCCGUUAGAUUUGGCCCUUUGGAAAGAAAGAAAGAAAGAAAGGGAGGUCCUAGCACUGUGUGGGCAGAUGUCAUUUAUGCAUUCUGGACUGAGAGUCCUGCUUCUGUCCAGCUGUACAUUUUUAGAGUGAGCUCCAAUCUUAUGAAUAAAAACUGCAUCAGAAGCCCUUUCAGGUCACCGCCCUGCCCGGCGGCAAGCAGGUCCUGAA